AUGGCAGGAUUAUUUUUCUUCUUCUUCAUUUUCUUUGUCUUGCAUUUCAGCUUAUCAUCCGCCACAACAAACUUUAACGUCUUAAGUUAUGGAGCCAAACCAACUGGAUUAACCGAUUCAACCAAGGCUUUCCUCAAUGCAUGGGCUGCAGCAUGUGGCUCUACGGGUCCGACCAUGAUUUAUGUGCCUAAAGGAAGGUAUUUGCUUGGCUCUAUGGUAUUUGGAGGUGGCUGCAAAAGCCCUGAUAUCACCAUUCGGAUCGAUGGAACUCUGGUGGCUCCAGGGGACUACCGCAUUCUUGGUAAAGCUGCCAACUGGCUUAGCUUCGAAGGUGUUGCUGGCGUUUCCAUUGUGGGUGGAGCACUUGAUGCUAAGGGUUCAGCUUUGUGGGCUUGCAAAGCCAAAGGCAAAAAUUGCCCCAGUGGAGCUACGUCGCUUAGUUUUACCAACUCCAACAACAUAAAGAUUAAGGGAUUACUGUCAUUAAACAGCCACAUGUUCCACAUUGUGAUCAAUGGUUGCCAAAAUGUGAAUGUUGAAGGGAUCAAGGUAAUAGCUGCUGGAGACAGCCCAAACACAGACGGCAUUCAUGUCCAAUUAUCCAACAACAUUGCUAUCAUCAACUCUAACAUUAAAACUGGAGAUGACUGCAUCUCCAUCGGUCCUGGCACUCAAAAUCUGUGGAUCGAACGAGUCAAAUGCGGCCCUGGUCAUGGCAUUAGUAUUGGGAGCUUAGCUAAGGAAUUAGAAGAGGAAGGAGUUCAAAAUGUAACGGUCACGAAGACAGUUUUUGCAGACACCCAAAACGGAUUGAGAAUAAAAUCAUGGGCUAGACCAAGUAAAGGAUUUGUUAGAAGAGUUCGUUUCAUAGGUGCUAUUAUGAAAAAUGUUCAAAAUCCUAUUGUUAUUGAUCAGAAUUAUUGCCCUCAUAACCUAAAUUGUCCUAAUAAGAUGUCGGGUGUAAAAAUUAACGAUAUACUUUAUCAAAAUAUCCGUGGUACAUCAGCAACAGAAGUAGGAAUAAAAUUUGAUUGUAGCUCAAAAAAUCCAUGCAGCGACAUUAGAUUACAUAACAUAAAUUUGACCUACUCAAAUCAAAUAGCUCAAUCAUUAUGUGUUAAUGUGCUUGGAAAGACAAUUGGUCUAGUUAAACCUCAUGGUUGCUUGUAA